AUGGACACAAAGAUUUCUGAAGUAUUAUAUAAAAAAAUAAAAGGGACUCUUAUUAUUGAAGAAAAUAAUAUAAAAUGGAUAGAAUUAGGAAAGCAAAUCCCUGAUUUAAUAAUUUCUUUGGAUUCAAUAAAAAAUCUACAAGCAACACCAAUUACAAGCCCUCGAAUAAUGGUAAAAAUUCUUGUAAAAACUCAAAAUGAGACAACAUCAUAUAUUUUUACAUUUGUAUCUUUGAAAGCCCAAAAUGACUGCAAUAAUUUCAAACUAAAUAUCCAAAAAACCAUUUCAAAGAAAAACAAUGCACAUAAUAUCCAAUCAGUCUCUGAUAUAUUAGCAAGAAGGAACUUCGAACAAGAUAUUGACCUACAACAAUCUCUUCUUAAAGAUAAUAACGAAUUGAUGAAAACAUUUUCAGAAACAGUUAUUAAAGGGAAUAUUACAAAUGAGCAGUUUUGGAGUACACGAAUACAUUUGUUAAGGACAUAUGCUGUUGAAAAAUAUCAAAAAAGAGGCCUAUAUAAUGUUCUUGUUACCAUAAGGCCUCAGACAAUUGAUAAUAGAAUCAAGCUGUCCUUAAGCAGGGAAAAGAUUCAUGAUAUAUUUCAACAACAUCCAUUAAUUAAACAUAUUUACAAUAAAAAUGUCCCCCCAUUAUCAGAAGAUGAUUUCUGGGGACGUUUCUUUUUAUCACGUCUUUGUAAAAAACUGAGAGGAGAAAAACUAAAUACAAGUGAUUCCAAUGACGAAAUAUUAGAUAAGUAUAUUGAUUAUGCAGAUAAUUUAACACAACCAUAUACCAAUAACACAAAAGAUAUAUCUCAUUUUAUUGAUUUAAUUAGAAAUGAACAUCAUAUUAGAAAGACUUGUAAUUUUGAAUCAUCAAUUGCUUUAAGAGACUUAGAAAAUGUGAAAAUGUCACAAUCUUUAAAUAAUCUUUCUAUAAAAAUGAUAAACUUUUCUAAAAAUACAACUGAAAAGGGAAAUUAUCAUAUUUUUUUUAAACCAUCUAAUUUAAUUUAG